AAGCAAGAAGGAGAACCCAACAAAAGAACAAAGGAGUAAAUAGAAUAAAAAAAGCCACAAUAAAGAACAAAAUUUCGCUCUGGACUCGGCAGGAUAGACCACAGGAGGCAAAAAAAAGGGUGAAAAUAGAUGAAAAAGAAAAGAAUACAGUAGUUUUAUAAAACCCUUUUGAAUGCUAGGGAGAAAGAAAGGGAAAGAGAGAGAGAGAGAUGAAAAGGGCAGAAAAAAGUGGAGAAGGGGUAGCAGAAAAGGAGGAAAAUUUGUGUGAAAAGUUGAGUAGGAGGGUAUUAUUGGUAGGGAAUAGGAAAGGAGGGGGCCCCUGUACUCCACUCCCUUCGUGGAAACUUUACCACCCUCAGGCUCGCCUUCAUCAUAACAACAUCCCACCUCCUCCUGCUGCUGUUUCUGCAAGAAAGUUAGCUGCUUCCCUCUGGGAGUUUCAUCAAUACCUUCCUCAUCAUCCUAAAAUGCAUAGAGGUGUUAACAACACUAAUGGCCGUUACCACCAACGCCACCACGCCAAUCUUUUCAAGGACAAAGGAAUUGACUUUUCUCAUUUCUUGGCUGAUCCUUGCCCCAGCUCUGAUCCUGACCAGCCAGAGAGUGCAAGCAGUUUGAGGAGGCAUAUUGCUCAAACACUGAUGAAACAUCAUCGAUCGAUUGAAAAAAAUAAUCAUGCCUUACAGCCUGUAUCUCCUGCAAGUUAUGGCAGUUCAAUGGAGGUGGCCCCUUAUAAUCCUGCAGUCACGCCUAGCAGUUCCUUAGAUUUUAGGGGAAGGGUUGGUGAGUCACAUUAUAAUCUCAAAACAUCUACAGAACUGCUAAAAGUACUAAAUCGUAUUUGGAGCCUGGAAGAGCAACAUGCGUCUAAUAUCUCAUUGAUAAAAGCAUUGAAGAUGGAACUAGAUCAUUCCCGUGUUAGGAUCAAGGAGUUGUUUCGAGAUCAGCAAGCAGAUAGACACGAAAUUGAUGAUUUGAUGAAGCAGAUUGCUGAAGACAAACUAGUUAGGAAGAGUAAGGAACAAGACCGGAUUCAUGCUGCUGUACAGUCUGUGAGGGAUGAACUAGAAGAUGAGAGAAAGUUAAGAAAACGAUCAGAGAGUCUACACAGGAAGUUAGCUCGGGAAGUGUCUGAGGCAAAAGCUUCUCUUUCUAAUGCCUUGAAAGAACUUGAAAGAGAAAGGAAAUCAAGGAAGCUCUUGGAAGAUCUUUGUGAUGAGUUUGCGAGGGGAAUAAAAAGCUAUGAACAGGAGGUGCAUACUCUAAGACAGAAAUCUGAUGAGGAUUGGGCAGGAGUGGCUGACCAUGAUCGUUUGAUUCUUCAUAUAUCUGAAUCAUGGCUUGAUGAGCGGAUGCAGAUGAAGCUGGAAGAAGCUCAGUCUGGUUUUGCUGAACAGAAUUCAUUAGUAGACAAAUUAGGCUUUGAAAUAGAGACCUUCCUUCAAGCUAAACGGGUUGGUACUUCAGUUUCUAAGCGUACUGAUUAUUUGUCACGAAAGGAUCGCAGGAAAUCACUUGAAUCUGUCCCUUUAAAUGAGGCUGUGAGUGCACCCAAAGAUGUUUGUGGUGAGGAAGAUUCUGCUGGCAGUGAUUCGAAUUGUUUUGAGCUGAAUAAACCAAGCAGUGUUGACUUGAAAUCAAAUGAAGACGAAGCUGUAAAUGGUGAUGUCGAGGAAAUAAUGAAAUCAAAUCAUGCAGAGAAAAAACCUUCAUCCCACGAGAAGAGUAAAAGUCGGCAUCCAUCCAGCUUACAAGUUAAGUUUGAAGAAAAGAUGGCAAGAGCCAUCUGUAACGGAAAUAAAAAGUCCCAGUUGGCAGAUUCAGAACAGGAAAAUACUGGUGUAGGGAACACCACUGAAAUAACGGUGUCACAAAACUUUGAAAAUGAUGAAGCUACCCAUUAUGGCAGCGAUGGAAGAAAGAAUAAGCUUGAUGAGAUCCAUGGACUGAGCUCCAAUUAUGUACUGGAUAACUUGAUACGAAAUCAUAUAGCAUUGUCAGAAGGUGGGAAUAUAAAUCCUGAAAACGACUGUGGGGAGGCUUCCUCUAGUUUCCCUGCACGAAGGAACCAGCCUAGCCCAGUGCGACAAUGGAUGACGAAAUUCACAUCCCCCGACGUAGAUGUAUCCGAGCCUUCCACCAAGCUACCUCCAGGAAUAAAGGAAAACACAUUGAAGGCCAAGCUUCUUGAAGCAAGAUCGAAAGGGCAACGCUCUCGUUUAAAAAUAUUCAAGGGGAAGUCAUAGCUCACGGGCUUUUCCCUGAACAAUCCGCUGAAAAGCUCACAGGAUUAACUGGUUCUGCGUCCUGUUGCAGUCCGGCAUUAUGUUAUGUGAAUACUGCCAUACUGGCCACGAUACACGUUAAUCUGAAUGUUGCUAUGUCAUAAUUCUGGAUUUUUUUUUUUUAAUGUUUGUAUAUUAGUGUAAUAUCACAACGUAGAUACGAAUCAGAUGAAUCUUGGGUCCAUUACAAUUUUGAGUGACUAAGCCUUUCUAGUUUC